AUGGAAAUUAUUCAGAGACUGCAAUACUUACCAACAACAUCUUCAGUGGUACCUGUAUCAUCAUCACAGAAAGUAUCUCUAGGAGUGACUGAUGCAGAAUUAGAUACAGUAACAGAAAAUGCAGCAGAAGUACCUAAAGAAGCAAUACUAACAGAAGUAGAAUCAACAGCAGCGUCAGAAGAACCACGUUCAGUAACAGCAGAAGUAACUCCUCCAGUAUUAGAACGAGCUCCUACAGCAGUAACACCAUCUCCCUCACCAGCAGUAACAGCACAAACUACUUCACCAGAAAUAGCAGAAGAAACACCAUCAGCAACAGCAGAAGCAACUCCUCCAGCAGUAGAACUAGUUCCUAUAGCAGCAGCACCAUCUCCCACACCAGCAGUAGUAGAACCAACUCCUUUACCAGCAAUAGCAGAAACAACUCCUCCACCAGCAGCAACUAAACCAACUUCACCAACAGCAGAAACAGUACAAGCUCCUCCUCCAUCACCUUCAAGAGUAGCAGAAAAGAAUAGACCAGUCACAAGGCGGUACUUGAUGGUGUCACCACGCUCACCUGCAGACAUGUUGCGGACUGUUGUGGUGGUACUCCUGGCAGUGGCGCUGUGUGGCACCACUGCUUCUCCACUGGGGAGUCCCAUUCCAGGGAGCAAGCUCUGGAGGUCUCGUCUGGAUGGCCGGAUCGUCGGCGGUUCCGCAGUCAGUAUCUCGCAGUAUCCCUGGCAGCUCUACUUCACAAUAAGCAGCUACUGGUGCGGCGCCUCCGUCAUCAGCAGCAACUGGGCCCUCUCGGCAGCCCACUGCGUGAAAGGCGCCUCGAUAAACAGCAUGCAACUGCGGGCCGGCUCUUCCGUCAGGGGUAGUGGCGGCACCGUGCACAGUAUUGCCAACUCUCACAUGCACGAGAGUUACGGCGACAACGACGACUACGACAUCGCUGUCUUGCAAGUGUCCAACGCCUUCAGCUUCGGGCCCAACGUACAAGCCGUGGCCCUAGCCUCGUCAGAGCCCCCUGCCGGCACCUCCGCAACAGUGAGCGGUUGGGGCGCGACGUCAUCUGGGGACCACGGCGCCUCUAUACUGCGGGCUGUCACCGUCCAGAUCAUAGACCGCGACGCGUGCGACCGCUCGCUCGGCGGCAUCACCAGCCGCAUGAUCUGUGCAGGAGUGAGCGGAGGCGGCAAGGACGCCUGCCAGGGAGACAGCGGCGGUCCUCUGGUGUCCGGCUCCACCCAGGUGGGCAUCGUCUCCUUUGGCAUCGGCUGCGGACUGGGGAACUUCCCGGGCGUCUACGCCAAUGUCGCCAACCUUCAGUCCUGGAUCAGAUCCACUUCUGGAGUCUAG